AUGAACUUACUGAGAAAGACGGAUGCAUGUACCACAAACAACACUGCAGGCAUUCGAAGGUUGUGUCUGGUUUGUGGGGACGUGGCGUCGGGCCUGCACUACGGGGUGGCCUCCUGCGAAGCUUGCAAAGCCUUCUUCAAGAGGACCAUACAGGGUUGGAACUUUUUUUUUCAUUUUUACGAUUUCUCGUUUUUGUUUGUUAAAAUUCAAAUUCAAAUUUGUUUUAAAAUAAUUUUGUAUAUAUUAUUAUCGUUGUACUGUUGCAUCCACGUAUCUUUCCACUGGACCAGUGUUUGGUUAGGUGACUGUUGA